CCUUUAAAGAUCUUUGUAUUUAUUUGUGUGUAACAGGUUGACAUGUAAACUACACAGUGGGCGUAUGGAUUGGAGAAAGUGUGCAGACGAUGACUCACAACAGAGGAAGUUGUGCUCAAGAAAGUGAAAUUCCAUGUUUCAAUGGACAGCCACAUCUUGAAGCCAGAUUUGAGUGCCCAAUCUGUCUUCAGUGCAUGAGAAAUCCCAUCUUGACAGCAUGUGGGCAUCGAUUUUGCAGUGACUGCAUUACAGACUGGCUGAGGCAAAAAGACCAGAGUUGUCCAAUUGAUAGCCUUCCUAUCAAUCAGGAGACAGAUCUGUUUCCUGACAACUUCACCCGUCGUGAGAUUCAGGAACUUGAUCUCCAUUCUUCAUCCUGUAGUUAUGAGAAAAGGGAAGAAGUUCAGUGUACCUUCCAUGAUGUGGGAUGUACAGAAAUACUUACAAAGAAUUCUUUGGCUGAGCAUCUGAAAUCACAAGUUCAUCAGCAUCUAGAUCUGCUUAGACAAGCACACAUGAAAGCACGAAGACAAAACUCUGUUGAAGAGAAGUUUAAAGGAAAAGCACAGGAAGCAGCUCUUCUUUGGGCACCAGAUUCAAAAGGAGAAUCCACAGAGAAAAAUGGGGAAACCUGGCAAGCACUGGCACGUGACUUAUUUGGUAGGAUUGUGGUCCUGGAACAGAAGUACAAUGAACAUGAAAUACAGCUGUCUAACAUCAAGCAGCAGCUGCAGCAACAUGUCAGCAAUUCAAGUGCUGUCCUCGAAGAAAUCUGUCGUAAACACUGUGGUGGUGUCAUGUUGUGGGCUAUUCCUGAGUUUCGUAAAGAGCUGAACACAAUGGAAAGAGAACCUGCUCAUUAUUUCCUUUACAGCCCGAGCUUUUACACUUCACCCAAUGGAUACAGGUUUUGCGCACGGCUUAAUAUAUCACCAAAAGAUCACAAUUACUUAUCAUUGUUGAUUCAUCUUAUGAAGACUGAUCAUGACGUUUGCUUAGAUUGGCCGUUCACUGGAAGAAUUAGUUUUCGAUUGGUCAAUAUGAAAGAUUCACAGUUACACAUUCAAGAAACCAUGAUGUCUAGGCCAGAAAUUGACGCAUUUCAACAGCCAACAAAAAACAUUAACCCUAGAGGAUUUGGAUACACAGAAUUUAUUUCAAUACCAGAACUUAUGACUGCUGGAUUCAUACAUAACGAUACACUUACCAUCAAAAUAAAAGUGCAAAGUGUGUAAUUAAUGUGAUUCUUCAGGUUUGCUCAAUGUAGUAGAUCAUUAAGGAGACCUUGGACAAGAAGCCGGAUAGGCACGUGCAAUAUUUCAUCAGUGUACUGGCUGACUAUCAUCAGGUGCACUCAUGGACUGCUCUUUUUGAACACAAUAAUAUGGCCAUUCACCUAGUACUUGUCUGAUGCGUCUAUAUACUUCAUGCAUAAACGAGACCAUUCACAAAAUGGUAGAAACAUUGAGUUGCUGCAGGCACAAAAAAAAAAAAAAUGAAAAUAAAACUUGCUGGAAUUCAGAUGAAUACUUUAAUGAGCUAGAGAGUACACACACACACACACACACACACACACACACACACACACACACACACCACACACACACACACACGACAUUGUGCUGGCUGAACACACAAUGCCAGGAUUGCAGUUCGACUGAUGGACCAUAGUGAGGGGAUGUGUCGGGUGCUGUGGGUAGAGUGAGAAAGAGGUGGGGAGUGGGAUGAGGGCUUGAGGAUAGGUAGCUGGUGUCUCAGACGAUAGCAGCAGGUGUGCAGGUUAGAAAUGCAGGAACGGGAGACAGCAGGUGCACUGGCUAGGAAUGCGACACAUAGGCAUUGGAGUCAGUGAGUUAGUGCAAUGCAAAGUGACAGUGACAUAGACUGAUAGUUUUAACAGGACAGACAAAGGGGAAGCCGUUGAGUAGAGGGUGUGCAUGCACUGAAUUAAUAGAGAUUGAGGCCAAGGCAGUUAUCGGAGUGCAAGGACAAUUCCCAUCUGCAUAGUUCAGAGAAGCUGGAGCUGCAUGGUAGGCAGGGAUUGUGGAACAGCAUGUUGUGUUCAGUAGCAUGUUCCACCACUGGAUGGUCAGCUCUGUUUUUUGCCACAGUUUGGCAGUGGCCUUUCGUGCUGAUGGACUGCUGGUUAGUGCUCAUGUCGACUUAAAAUGCUGUGCAGAAAUUGGAGCACAGCCUAUAUAUGACAUGACAAUUUUCACAGAUGUCCCCGUCUCUGAUGAGGUAGGAGAAGUCUGUGACAAGAUUAGAGUUGAAAUCGAUGAGCAGUUCAAUCAGGCAGGUCAUGCACUCAGGGUAUUCCACAGGGAUGUGACCUAUGUGCCAAGACACUGGAAGGUGGAGUAUCAUGUGGAUGGACCAGGAUAUUGUGUAUGUUGGGUGGACGAAGGAAUACCACUUCAGGAUGGAUGGGAAAGAUCAGGGGUAGGAUGUACCAUCUAUCACAUCCUACUCUACUUCUGUCACAGGCUUCUUCUGUCUCAGCUGAGGCAAGGACACCUAUGAAAUUAGCCAUCAGCUCUACUGCAAUUUCUACAGAGCAUUUUUUAUGGAUAUGACCACCAACCAGCUGUCCACCAAUAUGAAUGGCCACAGACAAAACUGUGGACAAGAAUAAAGUUGACCACCCAGGGGCAGAACAUGCUGAUUGACCACCAACCAGCUGUCCACCAAUAUGAAUGGCCACAGACAAAACUGUGGACAAGAAUAAAGUUGACCACCCAGGGGCAGAACAUGCUGAUUAGCACAACAUGCUGGAGCUCAGGGGUUAUUUUACAACCCAUGCCAUCUGGACCUUUUUGUCUAGCACUUUUUUGAAAAUUUAAAUGGGAGUUAUCCUUUCAACACUUCCUUCACUCCAGUAAUCCUUCUACACUCAGAUCCUCAAAUACUAGACACAAAUUUGGGAGGGCAAUGAUUCAAAUCUACAAAGAGCCAUCCAGAUUUAAGUUUUUUCAUUAUUUCUGUAAAGUUCCUGUAGACAAAUGGCAGGCUUAUUCCUCCAAAAGGGCAUGGUCAAACUGCUUCCCCAUCCUGGAAUCAGUCUGGGCUUGUGCUCCAUCUCUAAUGAUCUUGAUGUUGGGAUGUUAAACUAAAUCUAUCUAUCUUCCUGGCCUCAAUCACCACUAACACACUUCAUGCACACCCUCCAGCCAGAACUUUCCUCUUCCUCAGUGCUGUUACCCCCUCACAUUCUAUGCCUCCACAUUGACAUCAUCGUGCACCAUUCAAACUCACCAGCUUCGUCUUCCGUUGUCGCAUUCCUAGCCCAUGGACAUGCCACCUUCCCAUCCUGCAUUUCUAACCCGCACACCUGCAGCCACCCUCCAAGCCACAAGUUACAUCUCCACAACCCCUCAUCCCAGUUCUCGCCUCUCUGUCUUUCUACCCAACCCCAACCUACCCGAUGUAAUCGCUCACUCCUGCCAACAUGGCAUUAGGUAUUCAGUUGGCACAAUGUAGCUGCUCAGGUGUGCACUUGUGUGUAUAUGCACUUAAACUUGCUAAAUAGGGUUCAUCUGAAAGCUAACAAGUUUUCAUUCUAUUUUAUGUGCCUGUCAACAGCUUGACACAAACUAUUCGACAAAUUCCUUCCUUUACUCCUAAAGUAUUUACAUACCAUAUUUGAUUUAUUUUUAACAUACUUUGUGUAUAAAUAUAUCACUGUACAUAAUAUUAUUUCUUUGACUUAGUGCAGAAACAUAACUUAUAUUUUGUCAUUUUUAAUAUACCACAGUUGACUUAAUUCAAAACAUCUGCAAGAAAUAUUGUCUUUUGCUGUUUUCCAUGGCAUAUUAGUGUACAAUUGUUUUUGACGUUGAAAUGCAUUUAUACACUGUGAUAAAUUUCAUCAAAAUCAAUCAGCUGUGUGGCAUUGGACUAGCAGUUUACUGCAGACUAGUUCCUGGUCUCCACCGGAAAAGAUCAUAUGCAAAGUGUCACACCAAAAAAGAUGAGACUGGUGUAAAUUUGUAUUCUUACGAGGCAUGUUCAGUUAGUUAUACUUGCUUUAAAGUGGAUCCCCUUGUAAUCUGUAUACAGCUGUAGUCAUUCUAGCAUUGCUCAAAACAUUCUAUGGAGCAUCACAAGAGUUCAACCAUUUUUGCCUUCCACAAAGCAUACAAAUUCUUAAGUUCUAAUCUGCUGCCACUGAGUUGAGUGAUUGUGUUGAAACUUGUCAAAACCUGUGUAUUGUUGUUCUGUGGUGUAUUGCCAUAUUUUGAGAGAAUGCAAACCUGUACUUAUGACUAGUUUGAAUAUUUUGUCUGUUAAUGUUUCGUUUACAACAUUUUUGCACUUUUUAUUAUCUAAAUACAAUAGUAGUAUUUUGUCUGGUACAUGAACAUUACCACAGAAUGUAGUGUGUGUGCUUCCAUUUUGUGAUAUUUUCCACUGAUUUCUGUAACAUGGUCUGUUGUAUAAUUACUAGGAUAAAAAGUUUUGUACUUGAUUUAUAAUCUGAUUAUCGUGUCACUGAGGAAGCUAUAGUGGUGUGCUGGGAUGUUUUUCUUUGACUGUAUAUUAGAUUUAGAUAAUGUCACCACUCCUAGUGAAUAUAGGAAUAAUUCAAAUCAAAUGCCUUUGCCUUUGAUGGUGGUUUACAUACAAUGUCAUACAUGGCCAAUACAGUGUUACAGCAGCAUAUAAUUUUAUGUUCCUAAGUGCAGGACCUAGCAGUUUUGACUGAUUCCUGAGAUCUCUCCUGCUCCAUCCCCAUGGCCUCCUUCCUUUCAGGGUAUUAGUUCUCACAUACUGCUGAAACUCAACGGGCACUGUGAAGAUUCAGUCUGUGUCCUUAAGAACAGCAAGCAGAUAUGUUGUUGAUAUAGCAUUUAUUUUUUUUAAAUUACUUAAGUUUCUGGGGCUCUUGCCAUGGAUUUUCAUUAAAAUAAAGCAUUUUUUAAUGUCCGUUCUCAAAGUAUUACUCAAAAGUGCAAUUAACUACCAUACUGUAGAAAACCAUUAACUAAUAAGAGACUAUUUUAUCUGUAGGAAAACACGGUUAGAUUCCAUAUUAUUGCAUUAUGAGGUAUGUUAUAUACACUUUAAAAUGUCAGUAUUAUAUUGUGUGGGGUGGGAUCUUUUUCAAAGUGCAAUAACAACCAUCCUUUUGUAAUAUACAUUUUACUGCAUUGUUUUUAGAAUAUAUGUAUUACUGGUGUCAUCAUUUGAACCAGUAUUAAUCACUAUUAUGCCGUCCAGUUUAUUAAGCAAGUGAUUGGGUUAUAGCAGAUAUUGAAUGUAUAUUGUUUAUCCAAUUAAAGCACUUUCAAAUCGUUAA